AUGAAAAUCAAAGUAAUAUCAAGAAAUCCAAACACCUACCAGAGAGAAACUACGAAUCAAAGAAACAAAAGUGAGUUUUUAAAAAUAAUUUAUCAAGAAUAGCAACAUUUUUCUCAGUCGUUCGUAAUUUCAACACACCGGCUGAUCCGUUUCGCGCACAAACAGAAUACACGAGAGCUCUGAAUGCCACCAAAUUGGAGAGAGUGUUUGCAAAACCGUUCGUCGCCAGUCUCGAUGGACAUGUCGACGGAGUUCAAGUUCUUGCCAAGCAUCCCAGUGAGAAUUUCAAAAAAAGACAAAAUGAAAGUGCUGUGUUUCAGACCGCCCAUCCACAAUAUUUUCCGGAGCUCGAGACGGCCAAGUUAAGAUUUGGAAUCUUGCUUCACGGGAGUGUGUCGCCACGUUGGAUGCACAUCGAGGACUUGUAAAUGGUAAGUGUUGUGUGGUUUAACUUGUCAAUGUCUGUUCACUUUCAGAUAUUUCGAUUGACAACAACAACGGAGAACACUUUGUAACCGUUGGUCAGGACAGUCAGCUCAAGUACUGGAAGAUCAGUUCCACCAUAGAAUCGGAGCAGAAAACUCCCGCCCACUCGAUCGCCCUCGACGGAAUUGCCUACGGAGUCUCGCAUCUCUCCUUCUCCUCCGAUUUUGUCACUUGCGGAGAGGAUAUCAGUGUGUGGAAACCAUUCCGAGAGACUCCCCUUCGCAGUUAUAAUCUCGGCACUGACACCAUUCACACCUGCCGCGCCAAUCCAGUUGAAGAGAAUGUGAUUGUCGGCGCGCGCUCCGAUCGUUCGAUCUUCGUGCUGGAUACCAGACAAGACGUCCCACUCAAGAAAGUGACAAUGAAAAUGAGACCGAACAAAAUCUCGUGGAAUCCAAUGGAGGCGUACACGUUCACAGUGGCCAGCGAAGAUUACAGUCUCUACACUUUCGAUAUGAGGUACAUGGAGCAUCCGGUUCAGUCACACCAAGGAUUCACUUCUGCCGUUCUCGACGUCGAUUAUUCUCCAACUGGACAGGAGUUUGUCGCAGCUGGAUACGACCGAUCGAUUCGGCUGUUCAGGGCGAGAGAUAUGACGAGCAGAGAUGUUUACUACACGAAACGGAUGGCCUCCGUACUCUCUGUGCUCUGGUCUGCGGACUCGAAGUUUGUGCUUUCUGGAAGUAACGAAAUGAACAUUCGAGUGUGGAAAUCCAAUGCAGCAGAAAAGCUCGGACCUCUGACGAAGAGAGAAAAGCAGGCGUUCGCAUACAACGACAAGCUCAAAGAGACGUACAAGAACCAUCCGGAAGUGCGCAGAAUUUCCAAGCACCGAAACGUUCCGAGGCACAUUUUCACGUUGGUUUUCCCUCUGUUGUGCCCUAUUAAUUGGAAUCUUGUUCAGAGCUGCAAAGGAACACAAACUGAUCAAGGAUGCACGUGCCCGACGGGAUCUCCGACGAGCAAAAGCAGCCGGACUAGACGAAGAAGAGUCGUAUCUCCCGCAGACACAGAAGGUUAUGCUCGGCGAUGCAGAGAUGUAA